GUCUGCGUGGUAGAGAGAUUUUUCUUCCGACAGACAGAAUGUUGAAAUCUGUGGCUGAGUCUGGGAGCAGACUUGUAUAGGUUUCCAUUUUUAAAUGUUUUUGUUUCUGAAUGGGAACAUCUGAAUGAUUCUCCCUUCUCGACUAGUGUUUUAAGAGGGCAAGGCUUGUUACCAGGUUGUGCUGUAGUUUGGCACCUAGCGACAGAAACCAUGCAUUUCCCUCCUAGGAGGAGGAGAUGCCAUUUAGUCCACAAGAAAACCAUACAUUCUAUUGCUAUUUAGGACAAAAUAAGCUAUAGGCAACAAAGGAACAGGUUUUGCAAAAAGAAGGACAUCUUAGAAAAGAGAAGAAAAGCAGCCAGCUGUGCAAAAGACUUUGUAGAAAAGUGCUCCAGAAUGUGUGCCAGGGUGGGGUGGGGAAUUCUCAUCCAUACAAAGGUUUCAUUACAGUCAAAAACCCACACAGUUUCAUAUCAACUUACAUUCUACUUGUCCAAGGAUAUUGGUCACUUGGGUGCCCUGAAAACAAAUGAGAUUGUUGGUGAAGGCUAUGACAACUAUACAGCUACAGUCUCUGUGGCCUUGGCUAAAGAGAACACUAUGAAUUAUAAUUGCAAGCCUUUUCGAAUCACUGUCAAGCCAGAGUUGAAAUAUUUUCAUUCAACGGAUAUCUGACUUACAUCUGUUCAUGUAUUUCAGGAAUGCUGUAAGGUACAGUACAGAUGAUUCAAAGGGAACACGUUAUAUUAGCUAAACUGGACAUAGUCACACCAGGCAGCAUUGAUUCACUUUUAACUAUAUUAACUAGUUGGCGAGUGAUUGUGGAAUUUAACCUUUUCAGAAAUAGAACCCAAAGGGUAAACAAACUAUUUCUGAAUUUCCAACAAUAGGAUUGUUUGUGAGAUCAUAACAUAUUAAUCUGUACAUGGUAUUUACACUUUCUCCUAGGAAGUACCAUAGCUGAAACUAAAAUGCAGAAUAUUUGUGUGUGACUUUUAAAGAAACCCCUACAGACCAUCUUAUAUACAUGCUAACCUUUUCAGGUGGUGAUAGCUCAUAGAUGCCAUUUACAGAAUGUGCCGCAUUAUCUGUAUGCCAUAUUUAUUUAUUUGCAGUAUUUUUAACCUGCUUUUCACCUGUAAAGGCUCUCAGAGUGGCUGGCAAAGAUACGUUGACCACAGUGGAAAACUGCCCAUAAUAUUGUGAGGCUGCUGUACCACCUCAUCUUGGCUUUCUGCCACACACUUGAGUACUACCUUGGCCCAAAAUAACUUACAAGGCAUGUCAGAGUGUCCUAGAGCUAAAACAAAUGGGCAGAAGCCCUGUGUGUUAUUGAACUGCACCUUUUCAGGUGGGAGUGAAUAUUUGAAUGCUCUGCCCCAUGAAAAGCUCCCCUGUGCAUACAAAGCAACAUGCUAGGGAGAGAGAUUUGAGCUAGAUUCCCCCCACCACGUGCGAUUUUUUUGUAGGGGUAGAGAAUUUUUUAUAUGGUAGGGAGGGGGCCACUCAGAAAAGUGUUUCUUGGCACAGGAGCCCAUAUAAUGCUUCAGUUACAUGGAGGAUCGCAGUGCCAACAGCCAUGUAGCGCUGGAGUGGAAAUUCUUCCUGUACUUGGGCUGGCUAUCAUAUAUAAAGGACUCUUUUCUCUACCCAUCAAGAAAAUUUACAGACACAUUUUGAGAGCUUUAUCUGCCAGCAAAUGUGGAGCGAACAUGCCAUUUGCCAGCUACUUCACCCCUGUGAUGAUGCUGCCUUCAAAAUUUCCUCUUUCUUUUCCAGCUGCUUCCAGAACUCACGAAUCCAGAUGAGCUACUUUCAUACUUGGAUCCUCCUGACUUACCAAGCAAUAGCAAUGAUGACCUUCUUUCUCUUUUUGAGAACAACUGAAGCCUUCUGUGUUUUGUCCCCAACACCUCACACUUGUUUGACAAGUCUGUAGCUUCACGGUGAGGAAUCCCAAGCCACCCUUUUUUCACAAGGACAAACUCACAACUUAAGCAAAUGGUGCACACUCCCUACUUAACUUCAUCUCAGAACUGCUUGAGUCAAGCUUCAUCAACUGCGGUGGGGAAAAGCAAGAGGACAGUAAGGUGGUGACCUCACAGACUGCCACUCUACUUCACAGAUCGAUUGUGCAGCUGUGGAAAACCUCACUUGUUAAUUAUGCAGAGAGAUAAAAGAGUUUUGGGAUAUGCCUAGAGAGAAGCAGCCCAGUAGAAACCAGUCUCAGCAAGGGAAGAAAGGCAACAGAACUAUGCUAAGCGACCAGUUUCAGAAAGUCCUUCCAACUUGUGUUCUUCCAUUAAGUUCUCUCUCCCUCCUGCCCUAAUGCUGUAUUGUCUGUUCCACUAUGUUCCUUCCCUCCCUCUCCCAGUACACUUCUGUCGGACACAAUAAGGACAAAACUUAUUUGGCAGCACAUUUAGACUAGCCAAACAAACUCAGAAACAGAAAACAAAUACCAAAAAGCACAAAAAAACCAAUAAAGAUGUCACAAGUAGGAUAAAAAUACAAAAUGCAGCCAAGGGAGGCAUCUGUUUCUUAAGACAGUGGUUUCUCCAUUGUGGAAGAGUCCAGUGAAUCUCCAGGGUAUGGCAAGCGUGCUUUUCUAAAUCGUAGCAAUCUUUUUUUUUUUACUAUUCUUAGAGGAAGGGUAGUUACCUUGCUCUGACACAGAUACGUGGACACCUUGUUUUCUUCUGUCCUUCUCUUUCCCUUUCUGUUUUUCUUCUUCUUAAGGGAUUUGGUUUCAGAUUACUGCCUUUUGUGACAAUAAAGCAGCCAUCUAUUAAAAGGGGGCAGACCAUAUUCACAUAUGAAGUAGGAGAAGAGAAAAACUGUAAACCGUUGAUCCAUCACCAAGAGCUUUCGAUUUUUGUAGCCUGCGAAGUUAGAUCACUGCUCCGUUCUUAACAGGAAAAUGUAGCAAAAGUGUGGAGAAAAAGAGCUCUCACUUCAAGAUAUUUGGGGGCGGGGAGAGAGAUAGAGGGGAAAACUGUUCACAAUUGUUUGGAAUUGAAGGAGACGUUUGCAAUAAGAGUCACCUUAUCUCUCCCCCCACCCUCCGAUGGUUUGCUUUGCAUUUUCCAAAUUGUGUUAUGUGGCUCUGCCUUUUUAAUUUCUCUUCUUCAGUUUUAUUGUAUCAUUUAGCUGCCAGGACCUUUUCCCUCUUCUUUUCAAAAAAUAUAUUUCCAAGGAUAAUGGGCACGGGAACAGUAAGUUCCUUUGGUACCACCGUACAGCAGGCUCUCGUGCCACAAUGCUUCCGUAGUAUUUGUGCUUCUCAUGUGGUUGCUUCCCUCCUGCAUGAGCUUCCAGUCACUUCUGGGCCCAUUUCUGCGUCCUCUCCGUCGUUCUCUCUUUAUAAAUUUUGUAUAGUACCUGUGUGUUAAGACGUGCAUGUGUGCCAACUUUGCCCUUGCGGGCCAACAUUUCAUCUUCUGCCUACUGUGUACAGAAUAUUGCUUUUUGUGGAUAAUACACCUUGAUUGCUUCGUCCCCUGUUCGGAAUCCAAUCCAAUAGUCCCAUCUUUGAUUUCAGCAGUAGGCUUUCGUUUUGUGCCAGAUGGAACUCUUGCGUGUUGGUUUCAGUGUGUAAACUCCACCCACCUUGCCCUCUGCGAAUGGCAUGACCUGUGCAUUUCAUUCUGAAUUUGCUCUCCUCACCAAAGUCAUGCUUGUAAAUUCUUUGAGCAUUUGUUCUUAGCAUCUACCACCACUGCUGUAUUUGCAUCUUGUUAUAUAUAUAUGCUAGUCGACAGCACCUUGCUGUAGAUAUUACAGGAAAUGGCAGUUUUAGUUCUUAUAUUAUUUUCCAGUUAGGAGUGUUGAAUUUGUAAACAUUUUAUGUAGAGAUGUUCCUACAUUUACCUUUCCCCUCCCCACCCUUAUUAUUGAGGUUUUUAUUUUGUUCCUUUUUUCAAGAGAAGCGCUGUUCAUUAUGCAAGAUCAAUUAUUUUAAGAAUUGCUGUUGUAAAUACCUUUUGUGAAUAUUUUAGUAUUGUCUUUGAUUAUUAUAUUCAACAUUUUCACAAUCUGAAUAUACAUGUGUUUUUAAAAUACAUAGGGAGAGCGGGUUCUUUUUUCUUUUUCUUUUUUCUUUUUGUAAAGGGUUCUUGGACUAAGGGAGCAUCAAUUUUUCCUUCUGAUAAAUUAGCCCUAUCAGUUUCUUCAACAAAUAUUCUACAUCUGGCCAGUGUCCUCAGCAGCCCAGCAAAGAAAUUGUUAUGAGCUAGGAAGUGUGACUGUCCUAACCUGUAUCACCCUAGACUUCUGCUUUGUAGGCAAAGAAGCUAUUUCUAAGGCUCUCACUUACAUCCCUCUGAAAAGGAUGCUGGCCUAUGCGUAGAAGAGGGGAAAGCAGUACAGAAUAUAGUUUCUUAUCCUGUAUAUACAUAGCAAAGGAUCUUUAUUAUUGGACACCUGGUGCCACAACUAUUAUAUGGUGGCACAACUGAGAUGGGACACCACUGUGACACUGAAGUCUAGAGCUUCCUUCCAUUAAAAAUGCAUUUUCUUUUCUUUUCAUUUUAGUAGCUUUCCCCCUGCACCAUUUUGCUGCAUCAUUUACAUAAUCAAUGAAAUCAUUUGUAUGAGCAGCUAAGGCUAAUAAUCUGACACAUUAUUCUUAAUUUUUAAAAAAGCCUCUCACACACAAUCUAUGAGCUCUAAACCGAAUGCCACACACUUGUUGUUGCCAUGUAUUGUGGCCCACCAGUAGUGCAAUAAAGCUUCCGGUUCCACUGUUUGUUGAAAAAGCAAAAAAGAAAAAAGAUAAAUAAAAAUACCUCUGAAUACCAGUUGCUGGAAAUCACAAGUGAGGAGAGUGUUGCCGUCCUCAUGUCCUGCUUGUGCGUUUCCUGUAGGCAUCUGAUUGGCCACUGUGAAAGCAGAAUGAUGGACUAUCAGUAGUCUUCAACCUUUCAGACCCAGACCUCAAACAUGCAUUUGGGGAUCCAUUUCUUAAUCUUUUGCCAUAUAUUUGCAUGGUGAUAGUGCUCCUGUUGUGACACACCUCAGAUCAGGUGAGACCCACUAGUGAAAGACUAGUAGACUAGACGAACCUUGGCCCUUCUCCAGCAGAGUUGUUAUGUUCUUAGUCGAGCAACUGGUAGGCUACAAUACAUGGUGGGUGGGUUGCAUUCAGUUUGAUGGAUCACAAGUUGUGUAGGCCUAUGUUAAGCCAUAUACUGUGCGUUUGCCUGUUCAGCUUCUAGCACUGAAUUUUAUUUUAUUUUUUAGCAUUGCUCCUCCACUGUUAGAUAUGCAUCUAUCAAAACUAGUUACUUGAAAAUUGAGGGGGGAGGGUUUCUGUGUAACUGGAAACAGAACCAUUUUAAAGUCAAAAUUGUUUAGCUUUUGCUGAUGGCAAUCAAUAUGCAUCGUUAUAAAAAGGUUCCUGUUGAGGAGGCAUAAGGUGAGAUUCACCUGAGACAAACAUAUUUGGUAUAAUAAGGCUUUCUAUCAUUUGAUGAAAUCUUCUCUCUAGUAACAGUUAAAUGCACAUUUUGGCAGCUGUGGAUUUCAUGUACACUGAUUAGUAGAAAGAGACAGAUUGACUAUGCACAAGGGCUACCUGAGCUGUGUUUGUGAACGGAUGGAAGCAGAUGCUGAGAUCUAGCCAUGUACUUGCGUAAUAGUUUAUCAAAGGGCAUAUUUAUCAAAGAGGCAGCCUUUGUGAAGUCAACCCAGAAUGCCCCCAACUUUCUCUCUCACACGACCACAUUAGCAUCUUAUUAAAUUACUGGGACUGUUUAAGGAUAGUCAAAACAAAAAAAGGUUGAUGGUUUUUUCUUAUCUGCUCACUGCCAUCAUGUUAUAAUGUGGAGAAAACCUGUUAAAUAAAUAGCAACCCCAUGCAUGGCUUCUCAGAAACAAGGCCCACCAAGUUGGUAUAGUGUUGUUUAAGAAAUCUGCAAUCCUAUGCACAGUUAACUGAGAAAAAACCCUGAUGAAUGCUUCUGAGUAGACAUACAUAGGAUUGUUCUGUAAAUUAGUUGUUUUUGUGUUGAAGGGCAAAAUUAUAUCACCAAAGGUUUUUUUAUUUUAUUUUUAAAAAAUCCUUGUUUCAGGGGCAUUUGCUUUGGGGUUUUGUUUUUUUAAUUGUUUCCCUAUAGACACCCACCUGGAAAAGAACCCACAGAGAUUUAUACUUCUACUGCCAAGACAUUAUUAUUGUUGUUAUUAUUAUUAAUUAUUAUUAGAGGAUUAUGAAAACACACUAAUGUCUGCAGUGGAGACUCCAGGGACAUCUGUACAUAUGUAAAUGGCAAAUAGAGACAUGUUAACAGAAAUGCAUUCAUUUUCCUUGGAAUGUGCAUUGUUUUUAUUUCGCAGGAAAAAAAUAAAGCUUGAAGCUCCAUCUUAUGUGGAAAAUGAAUCCUGUUUGUUAGCGUUUGUGAAGUCUCCACAUUUGUUUCACUUCUUGUAAUAUACUCUGGAUCCUUUGUGAAAAGAAUUUUGUUGCAUUUUUUGUUUUUCCCUUCAUGUAAUAACUAGCUUAAAUGUACUAGUCUUAUCACCUGUGUAUUUUUAGGGUGCUACAAAAAUAAUGAAGAAAAUAAGGGGAUUAAAUAAUAAAAAAGAUUGUAACCAAAUUCAUACUUUGUACAAUUUUUUGAUAUUGUGAUCAGAGGAGAAUUUUAAAAAGUACAAUCGGAAUUAACAUGCAAAAAUGGCCAUUGUCUUUGUUUGUACAUUGUAUGUACAGUACAAUGCAAUCAUUUCAUACUUUAAAACUGGUCAGAAAAAAUAAUUGUGAUUUUUAGUCUUGAAAAACUGUAUGUAGUUAGAUGAUGUGACAACCUAAUAUUUAUCUAAUAAAUAUGUAUUCAAAUGAAACCUGUAUAUUAGGUGUUCAUGUGGUUAUUUUGUAUUUAAAAAAAUCAGAUUGACUAUUGCUAGACAUUUAUAUACUUUCUUGUAACACUGAAAGUACUCUCAUUUUUGCUCAUGUUAUUUUUUUUCUUAAAUAAAUUUGGAAAAUGAUGGAUGGACUAGUGGGCAAAUGUUUUGUAAAUCUGAACUUCCUCCUACUUCUCUUUAAAAAAAAAAGCAUUGCAAGAUCUUGGAAUUCAUUAUCUGGUAUUUAUAAUACUGCUUGGUCCUAAUGAAGAUCAUGUUCUAUGCCUAUUAUGUACACAAUUGUAUAUUUACUUGAUGAAUAGCAAAGGAGGCUAUGGGAAAGAUUCAUUGCACUACAGGAAGCAGGGCUGAUACCAGAUUUCAAGGGGUCCUCAGCAUGGUCUGGCCAACAGACCAUACCACUAUCAAUCCUCUUCUCUUGCCCCCACCUCCAGCUGCUGACAAUCCUCUUCCCUGCAGCAGCAGCACUGUCAAUUCUUUGCCCACUCAACACGCUCAGUCCUCAUUAUACUAUUUUGGAAUUGUUGUUUUUCUAAGUACCCCCUUAACUGCCCCCACCCCAAGAGUUUGCGUAGUUCUUGCAAACCUCUCAGUUCUCUCAAGCAUACUGAUCUCUCCCUCUUCUGCAUGGGUGGUACCAUUUUGGUUAAAUAAGAACUGGUAAUUCAGAUUAAAAGGUAAAGGACCCCUGACAGUCCAGUGGCAGACGUCUCUGGGGUUGUGGCGCUCAUCUCGUUUUACAGGCCGAGGGAGCCGGAGUUUGUCCGCAGAUAGUUUUUCCAGAUCAUGUGGCCAGCAUGACUGGCGCAACAGAGCACCAACACCAGAGCAGCACACAGAAACGCCAUUUACCUUCCCGCCGGAGCGGUACCUAUUUAUCUACUUGCAUUGGGGGGGGGCAUGCUUUCGAACUGCUAGGUUGGCAGGAGCUGGGACUGAGCAAUGGAGCUCACCCCGUUGCAGGGAUUCGACCUUCUGACUGGCAAGCCCAAGAGGCUCAGUGGUUUAGACCACAGCGCCACCCACGUCCCUGGUAACUCAGAUAACAGACUGCUAUUAAUAUAUGAUACCAUGCCAGGUGGGCAUGUAUCAAGUCAGAUAUAUGUCCAUCUAGUUGGCCCAUCUAGUUCUGGAUGUUUUCACUGGCACUGGCUCUUCAGGGCUUCAGGUAAGAGUCCUUCGCAGGGCUCCCUGGAGAUGCCCUGGGAUCUUCUGCAUGCAAACAUGCACUCCCACUGAGCCACAGCCCUUCCCAUAACAACUAGCAUCUGCUGGAGAUGUAAUUCUGAACUGGGCAUAUUAAUUCAUGUGACCUAAUUCUCUUCAGUACAAAAUCUGGACAGAGGUAUGCAGGAGGUUAAUUACAUAUGAUUUUGGAAGCUUCAUUAACCUCACCACCAUUAUACGGGGUAUGUUUGGGAUUCAAAUUCUGGAGAAGUUCCCCUCUUGAUAUUUAAAAUAGGUUUCUGCAAAAGCCAUCCUUGGCUAUCAAGCCUCACAGGACAAUGAGAAGGAGAACCCCACCUGUUCCACCCAUUUCACUGACUGCCACGUGAUGAGAAAGGGACUUGUGCAGCAGGAAGCUGCUGCCUCUACCUGUGUAAGAUCUGGGUUCUCAGUAAGUA